AAGUCAUAUUUCCAGACAGGUACGUGUGAAUCCUCAGGGGCCCGCAAACUUCCGAGAACUGUUUAAUGUGCUUGACCAUAUUUGGAGGUGUAUCUGUUUGUCAGCCAAUCAGAACAUUGUUAUUGAAGGGGGGCCUUGGAAACCAACGGGGUAUACAGUCCACGACAUACGAGGCCAAGUACAUAAGCGAUCUCGCCCGGUUUUCAGGGUUCUUCAGCACAUGAGAUGGGGUUCUCUCAAGCAUCUCUCUUGUCCAAGAUCGGACUUGGACUUUGUGUGGCUGGCCUGAUUUUUGACCUCAUUGGCUUCCCAUCACCGGGUUGGACGACAUUAACUUUAAAUUCAGUAACAUAUUCAAAUGGAUUGUUCCAGAUAUGUGUUUAUUCAUCCAGUUCAUCGCAGUGUGCACAAAUAACUGGCGUCAUCCCUGACUGGUACGACGCAGUGAGAGCCUUGUCCAUAAUUGGGUUUCUGCUGGGACUGGCUUGCGUGGUUGUGUUGUGCAUCUACGUGCUGGUGAAGAACGACUUGAAGUUGUUACAGAUCUGUGCACUGGUGCUGGCCUUCCUCUCAGCAAUUUUCAUCCUUGCUGGGGCGAUCCUUUAUGCAGACAAGCAGGAACACACAAAUCUAGGCUGGUCGUUUGCUCUCACAGUUGUCGGGGCGGUGUUGCUCCUGAUAGGGGGGAUUGUCCUGACGGUGGACAAAAUAAUUGGAUGACUCAGGGCCGGGAGUGGGUGAAGUGGAUGGCUGUAUUCUCAUUCAAACUAAACGCCAUAGAGAAAGAAGCCAAAUAUAUUUACUCUUUGUAGACAACGAUUGUUCUUUACUGGUAUAACUGUUAAUACGGUUGUCUUAUACAUAUGAGCAGUCGGGUAGCCUAGUGGUUAAAGCGUUUCAUUUUUUACGAGUCUACACAUGUAGAUAAACAUAUGUCAUGGUUAACUUUUAGUGAGAAAAUAUGCUGAAACGUGAAAAACCUUGUCCAUUUACGUAGUUUUCCUUUGUUUACAUCACGUGCUGUCAUCGAAGCCACACGGAGUGUGAGAGUUACGUUCACCUUGAUGAAUAAAUAUAUUUUGUCGUGUACCUCACAGUGGUGUUAUGCGAAGUUAUGUUACUUCUAAAAAAGACGAUUAAUUAAAAACUAGACGUAAAUUUUAAGACGUUUGCAUAUAUUGUCUUAGAAAAAUGUUUAUAGAUUAAGUUCAGGUGAGUAGUUGUAAUAUUUUCAUUCCAAAGCUGGCAAACAACCACAUAGAUGUUUUGACAUAUGUCAUGAUGUAGUCAUUUCAUUCUGGACGUAUUUUUCCUUAAUUGAGUCAUAUACGCAAGAAUUCUGCAUCAGGGGAAACCCUGGUUAGGGUUUGAAAAAUUCAUUAUAACAAUGGAAAAUUAUUAAAAUCAUUUUUUUCCUAUUGACUGCACCCCUCCAUAUGACACAGAUUAUAUGUACUAAGUUUGAGAUGAAUCCACUGAAUAGUUUAAGAGAAAUCGCGCGGACAAAGUUUUCGGACGGACGGACGGACGGACGGACGGACGGAAUAAUAAAAAAUUGUGAAAUCUACCCAGCUUUCUUUCUUAAGCUUGUUACAUGGGUGAUACCAUUUUACUUAAUCAAGGGUACAGGGUGCUAAUUACUGAUGCAGCCAGCCAUAACGAGUGUUGUUUAAACGGGUCAGCGUUUUGGUAGGUCUUCGUUUUGGGAAGAUACCUUAAAGCGUUCGCUCGUCACGCCGAAGACCCGGGUUCGAUCCCCGACAUAGGGACAAUGUUUGAAGCCCAUUUCUGGUGUCACCCGCCGUGAUUUUGCUGGAAUAUUUGCGGCGUUAAACCAUACUCACUCACUGUAAUACGCAUAUGUAACUACUGCUUAUUUGAGUAGGAAUAGGAGAGCGAGACAGACAGAAAAAUAUGAUAUACAUGUACAUAUAUGUUUCAUGGCAAUAUUACAAUAGUUAAGUUCAUCAUAAAAACAGAAUGUUCGGAGUGUUGCUCAUUGAAAAAUAAAGAAUUUUAAACCUA